UUCAACUACUCAAAAACAAUUAAGGAUUAAAUCGAUCGCUAAUAUUAUGAAGAAAAGAUAAGAACGAGAACAACUUAUUAAACAAGCAAUGCAUGGAGCCAUCGUGCAUUUUAAUUAAGAAGACUCAACGACUUCUCCUCUCCACUCGGAAAGCGGAACUCCACUGAUCUUAUCUCAAUCAUUUUUUCCUACCAAACACUCCUCCCCUCACCCAAAAAGAAAAUGGCUGAAGCUUUUGCAUCCGAGAUUGCAAAAUCCCUUUUAGGGAAGUUAGGUUCUUUUGCUGUUCAAGAAUUUCGUUUGGCAUGGGGACUUGAAGAUGACCUUGCACGUCUUGAAGAGAGAUUGAAAGCCAUCAACGCGGUGCUGUCCGAUGCUGAGAAGCAACAAUCAAAGAAUGACAGGAUUCGGCUCUGGCUCCAUAUGCUCAAACAAGUCUUGUAUGAUGCCGAGGACGUGCUGGACGAAAUCGAGUGCGAAACUUUGCGAAGAGAGGUGGUGAAAACUACAGGGAGCACCAGCAGAAAGGUACGGCGCUUCUUUUCAAGCUCUAAUAAGAUUGCAUUCCGUUUAAGAAUGGGUCAUAAGAUAAAGAGCAUCAUAGAAAGACUAACUGAGAUUUCAUCUCUUGAGUCUGAGUUCCACCUCAGCGAGGAGGCUAUUGAUCGUAGCCAUGUCUUGCAUGAGGAAACAGAGAUGAACCGAUCCUUUGAGAGCUUUUCCGGUCUUAUCGGAAGAGAUGAAGACAAAGAACGCAUCAUCAACCUUUUAGUAGCACCUUUUAAGGUUGUUGAUGCACAUCCCCUUGUCCUUCCGAUUGUAGGAAUGGGAGGCUUGGGGAAGACAUCUCUUGCCAAAUCGGUGUGUGAUGCUGAAAAUGUAAAAAGUCAUUUUGAACUGAAGAUGGGGGCAUGUGUUUCAGAUGAUUUUUCCUUGAAACAAGUGAUACAAAAAAUUAUUAAAUCUGCAACUGGGGAAAGAUGUGCGGAUUUGAAUGAGGGUGAGCUUAAUAAAAAACUUGAAGAUAUUAUGAAGGGUAAGAAAUACCUGCUUCUUUUGGAUGAUGUAUGGAAUGAAGAUGCUCAAAAAUGGUUGUUGUUGAAGCCUUUGUUAUCAAAAGGUGCUGAUGGAAGUAAGAUUAUAGUGACUACCCGUAGUCAACGUGUUGCUGAGAUUAUGGGUACUGUUGCUGCGUACAACCUAAGUCUUCUCGGUCAAGAGGACUGUCUGUCGUUGUUUUGCAAGUGUGCAUUCAAGGAAGGGGAAAAGGAGUUGUAUCCAAAUUUGGUUGGAAUUGGGAAAGAAAUAUUGGCAAAAUGCAAGCAAGUUCCUUUGGCAGUGAUUAACUUGGGGACUCAACUGUAUGGUAAAACUGAUGAAACAGAGUGGAAAUCGGUGAGAGAUAGUGGGAAGUGGGAAGAAGAGGGAGAUGGCAUUUUACCUGCCUUGAAAAUAAGCUAUCAAAGACUGCCGACUCCCUUGAAAAGAUGCUUUCUUUAUUGUUCGGUUUUUCCAAAAGAUCACCCGUUCCUAGAUAUCUUAUUGGUGCAAUUUUGGAUGGCACAUGGGCUCAUUCUUCAAUCAUCAAAUCCAAAUGAGAACUUGGAAGAUGUUGGCUUGCGUUAUGUGCGCGAGUUGAUCUCAAGAUGUUUCUUCCAAGAUUAUGAGGAUAAGAUGUUUGGAGCUACCUUUAAGAUGCAUGAUUUAAUGCAUGAUCUUGCAUCAUCAUUGGCUCAAAAUGAGUUUUCAAUCAUAAGCUCUCAAAACCACCAAAUUUCCAAAACGACCCGUCAUUUAUCAGUUCUUGACUCUGAUUCAUUUUUUCAUAAAACUCUCCCCAAGUUUCCAAACAACUUCCAUCAAGUGCGGUCACUAGUCUUUGCAGAUAGUAUAGUGGGGCCUACAUGCAAAACAGACUUUGAGAAAUGUUUGUUAGAAUUUAAGCAUUUGCGGUCUUUGGAAUUAAUGGAUGAUUUUGAAUUUGAGACUUUUCCGGAGAGGAUUGGCGCCUUGAAACAUUUGAGAUAUCUCGGUUUUGGCUGGAACACAGAAAUGGAAAGACUCCCAAAAUCUCUUUUCAAAUUACAAAAUUUGCAAGCUCUGGUUACACCAGGUGAAGGAUUAGAAGAGCUGCCCAAAGAUGUAAGGUACUUGAUCAGCCUUAGGUGGGAUUGGGUGCUUGAAAUUUCUUCGAACUUUACUCAUUGUUCGGUGUGA